AUUCCCGGCUCUUGGCAGCCGAGAUCUCCGGGUCUUUCCACUCCGCAGCUCCCAUUCCCCCCCCCUUCCCCACCGCCUCUCCUCCCUUUCCCGGUGUGAGAGACUUAGCCCGGCGGCGGCGGCGGCAGUUGUGGCGGCACUGGUGAAGUAUGCGAGACCUAACUGCACAAGUAACCAGCAGUCUGCUGCGGUUUCCAGAAGUGACUAUUCAAGCCCUUGGAGAAGAUGAAAUAACACUAGAGUCUGUACUUCGGGGAAGAUUUACUGGAGGGAGGAACGGAUUAGCUUGCCUGGCUUGUGGUCCACAACUUGAAGUAGUAAACUCUAUUACUGGCGAGCGGUUGUCUGCAUAUAGAUUUAGUGGAAUAAAUGAGCAGCGUCCCACUGUCCUUGCAGUGAAAGAAUUCUCUUGGCAGAAAAGAACUGGAUUGUUAAUUGGUUUGGAAGAAACAGAAGGGAGUGUUCUCUGUCUUUAUGACCUUGGGAUUUCAAGAGUAGUUAAAGCAGUUGUCCUUCCUGGAAGGGUAACUGCCAUUGAACCAAUAAUUAAUCAUGGAGGAGCCAGUGCAAGUACUCAGCAUUUGCACCAGAGUCUUCGAUGGCUUUUUGGUGUGGCAGCUGUGGUUACUGAUGUUGGGCAGGUCCUUCUCAUUGAUCUGUGUUUGGAUGACUUAUCUUGCAGUCAAAAUGAGAUAGAGGCAUCAGAUCUUGAAGUUAUAACUGGCAUCCCAGCUGAAGUACCACACAUCAGAGAAGGUGUGACCCGAGAGGGAAGACAUCUCUGUUUCCAGUUACUAAGCCCAUCAGGAACAGCAGUUUCAACCCUUAGCUAUAUUAGCAGGACCAAUCAACUUGCUGCAGGUUUUUCUGAUGGCUGUUUAGCCCUUUGGAACAUGAAAAGUUUGAAAAGGGAGUACUAUGCCCAGUUAGAAGGAGGAAGAGUACCUGUUUAUGCUGUUACUUUCCAAGAACCUGAAAACGAUCCUCGAAAUUGCUGCUACUUAUGGGCUGUUCAGUCUACACAAGAUAGUGAGGGAGACGUUUUGAGUCUGCACCUGCUUCAACUGGCCUUUGGUGAUAGAAAGUGCUUGGCAUCAGGACAAAUCUUAUAUGAGGGGUUAGAAUACUGUGAAGAGAGAUAUAGCCUAGAUCUCACAGGUGGUAUAUCUCCUUUGAGAGGUCAGUCUAGCAACACCAAACUCUUGGGAUGCCAAAGCAUUGAGAAAUUUCGAAGCCACAUCGACAGGGAGGAAGGCCUGAAUGAAGUUCUGUCUCCUGACACCAGUGUUUCAGUCUUUAGCUGGCAGGUGAAUACAUAUGGACAAGGAAAGCCAUCUACAUAUUUAGGUCUUUUUGAUGUAAAUCGUUGGUAUCAUGCACAAAUGCCAGAUUCUUUAAGGCCAGGAGAAUUUCUUCAUAAUUGCUCUUAUUUUGCACUGUGGUCAUUGGAUUCUGUAGUGAGUAAGACUUCUCCAAAUUCCAUCUUGGAUAUCUUGGUACACGAAAGAAGUUUGAAUCGAGGUGUUCCUCCUUCAUACCCACCUCCUGAGCAGUUUUUUAAUCCCAGUACUUACAAUUUUGAUGCUACUUGUUUGUUAAACUCAGGAGUUGUUCACUUGACUUGCAGUGGGUUUCAGAAGGAGACCUUGACCUUUUUAAAGAAAUCAGGACCUUCUUUGAAUGAAGCCAUUCCUGAUGGUUAUAAUAGAUGUCUUGUGGCUGGCCUCCUUUCUCCAAGACUUAUUGAUGUGCAGCCUUCUAGCUUAAGUCAGGAAGAACAGUUAGAAGCUAUAUUGUCAGCAGCUGUUCACACCAGCUCCUUAGGACUCCUAACUGGAUGCAUCAAAAGAUGGACAACAGAAGAACAACCAAGUUCUGCUGCUAAUUUGCGCUUUGUUCUUGAAUGGACGUGGAAUAAAGUAGUUUUUACAAAAGAAGAAUUUGAUCGAAUAUGUGCUUCAUUAUUUGAUGGUUCUUGUCAUUUCAUUGAUCCACAAAUUAUCCAGUCUCUUCAGCAGUGUCAGUUGCUUCUUAGCAACCUUAGCACAGUCUUAAACUGCUUUUUAUCAGAGGCUCAAGAACUCACUGAGAGAGGUCUGGUGGAUUUAACCAAUAAGCAGAUGGUUAGUAAUCUUAUCUCUCAGUAUGCACAAGUGGUUCUCUGGUUUUCACGUUCUGGUCUUUUACCAGAGGGUUUAGAUGAUCCUAUGCAGUUGUCAAGAUUAUGGUACAACUACCCUGAAAUUCAGAGCUACUACACAAGUCGUCGACAGAAGCUUCAGCGUCUGGCAAGAGGGAAGUGGAAUUCUGACUGUUUGAUGAUUGAUGGAAUGCUUUCCCAGUUAGGGGAUCGAAUUGAGAAGUUGUGGCAACGAGAUGAAGGAGGCACUGGAAAAUAUCCUCCUGCUAGCCUACAUGCACUUCUUGAUGUAUACCUACUGGAAAAUGUUGAUGAAGCAAAUAAACAUGCUAUUACCAUUUAUUUGCUGCUUGAUAUCAUAUAUUCUGUUCCAAAUAAAACAGAUGCUACAAUUGAAUCUUUUCCAACUGCCUUUGCAGUCCCUUGGGGUCUGGUUAAACUUAUUCAAGGUUUUUGGCUUAUAGAUCAUAAUGACUAUGAGAGUGCUUUGGAUCUCUUAUUUCAUCCAGCUACACUAAAGUCUAUGACAUGGCAACAUACGAAGAUUAUUCAGGCCUUCAUGUGCCAAGGUGAACAUAGACUAGCCCUUAGAUACAUUCAAACAAUGAAACCAUCUGUGUCAAACAGCAAUGAGGUUAUGCUUCAUCUCACUGUUUUGCUUUUUAAUAGGUGUAUGGUUGAGGCUUGGAGUCUCUUGCGGCAACAUUCAAACAGGUUAAAUGUAGAGGAAUUACUUAAACACAUGUAUGAAGCCUGCCAGGAAAUGGGCUUAAUGGAAGAUUUGCUGAAAUUGCCCUUCACAGACACUGAACAAGAGUGUUUAGUGAAAUUUUUGCAGUCCAGUGCUGGUGUUCAGAAUCAUGUACUUUUAGUUCACCAUUUACAGCGUGCCAAUUAUAUACCUGCGUUGCAGCUGAAUCAGUCUCUGAAGGUUAAUCUCAUGAAUGACCGUGAUCCUCGUUUGAGGGAGAGGUCAGUUGCUAGAAAUUCCAUACUAGAUCAGUAUGGGAAGAUACUUCCUAGAGUACAGAGAAAGUUAGCCAUGGAACGAGCUAAACCCUAUCAUUUGUCAUCUUCAGUCUUUCGAGAAGUUUCUAGACCUAAGCCACUAUCUACUGUUGCAAAACAAACUACAGGAGGAACCAUACUAACAAGAGCAGCCUUCAUCAAUAAUGUAUUAUCAAAAAUUGGAGAGGUUUGGGUUGGGAAUGAACUGAAAAAUAACUUAUCCCCUUAUAAUAGCCCUAAAAUUGAAGAAACUUCUCCUGUAGUAUACUCUCUCCCAGAUACAGAAUUGCCUGAUGCCUUUGUUGGAACACCAAUUACAAAAGCAUCAGAAAAAAUUUCCAGACUAUUGGAUUUGGUUGUUCGUCCUAUUCCUCAGCCCUCUCCUAAUUUGGAAUAUAAUCAGCUCAGUCCAGCAAGAGCUAUGAUAUACAUAACAUCUAAUUCAUUGCCAUCAACAUCAGAGCUAACAAGGUUAUCUGAGAACAUUACAAGAGCAUCUGAAUUAAAUUUGCUUGAAACCCCUCUUGUGGUGAAGAGAGCUAAAGCUUUGGCCACAUCUAUUUCUGCUGCUGGAUUUCCUGAGUUUACUCCUCAUUCCAUCCUAAGGUCUAGUCUUCGCACAACACCUUUAGCAUCUCCUUCUGGGUCACCUGGAAGAUCUGUUACCCCUCCCCCGCGCGCAAAAGAAACUAGGAUCUCUUUCAUGGAAGAAGAUGCAACUACAAAAUGGAAUGCUGGAGUUACCGAAGACAAUAAAGCAAAAUUAUUUGUACCCUCACCUUUGCAUAAAUGUGGAGUUCAUUCAGAGAAUGUGUGGCUGAAGAGCAAAAAUAAGACUUCAUCUUUGGUCCCUAGUGGCCAAAAAGAGGAACAUGAAGAGGCAGUUGAAUUAACACAGAAUUCACCUAUGGAGAACACAAAGAAAUUAGAAGUGACUAAAGAGAAUAGCAAUAUUCUUACCAAGUCAGCCCGGACCACCUUGGAGUAUGAGGCUGCUCCAUUGCCAGAUGACAUUGAAGAUGAAGAUGAUAUUAUUUUCAUUUUUUCCAAGCCAGCAAACAUUUCAGCUGACUUAACUGGUGACUUAGAAGUGCAAAAGAAGGAGGAUGACAAAGAAGGUACUGGGCCAGAAGUAAUAUCUUCAGAGACAGAAGAGCAAAGUGGUGUUUUGAAAGAGGAUGAAAACAAAAUGGAAAUGGCCUCAGUUUCAAUAUCUGGAAUUUCAGAAUUAAAUCACCCAAGCUCCAUUCACGUUUCUGAACCUUCACCUUGUGCCUUAUCAGACCAUGAAAGGGAAAUCUUCACCCAGGAGCCCAAGUUGCCACUUCUGGAUGAAAAACAGUUAUCUGAUGAAAUAUGUACCACCACAGUUGGAAUAACACGAGCAAAUGACGAAUCUGUGAUGAGUAUCCUGCAUGUCAAUGAAAGUUCUGUGCCUGUUACUUCUGAAACUCCUACAACCGAUACCUCUGAAAAUAGACUUAAACAAGAAAUAGCCUUAGAUUUAAAGGAAGAUUGUGAAAUAGAGGUUGAUGCACCAGAAGAAAAUGCUAAUUUACCAGAAGAAAAACCAUCAGUUUCUGACAGUUCUGAAUCUCAAGAAAUUCAUGUGAUUGAACAUGAAAGAGUUGAAGCCUUGGCAUCAGGAAAAGAGACUGGGACACUUUCAUUGAAUGAGUUGUAUCCUUCAAGAACUCUAAAACUUCAGUAUAACUUUGAUACCAUUGAGCAACAGUUCACUUGUGGCUUACCUGAUAGCAAAGAUUCUGCUGAAUGUGACAUGGCUGAAGUAGAUGGAGAGCUUUUUGUGACUCAGAGCAACUUUACCUUGAUAUUGGAAGGUGAAGAAGGAGAAGUUGAAACAGGAGAUUGUGCCACAUCUGAUGUGUCAGCUAAAACAGCUAAUAUUGCAGCUGAGAAGGAGAAAGAUUACAGUGAUGACAGUGGUAAAGGUGAACAUCUUAAAGAUUUGGCACCUGUCAGAAUAAAUGAUCAAGAGUCACAAAAUGUUGUGGAGACAUUACCAUAUGUGCCAGAACCGAUUAAGGUUGCUAUUGCCGAAAAUUUACUAGAUGUCAUUAAAGACACAAGGAAUAAAGAAUUUGCUUCAGACACAGUAGAACAAACUAUCCUUGAAACCAUGCCUUUAAUAACUCAGAAGGUAAUGCGUUCCACCAAGGCAGAGAAGGAAACAAAUCUAGUAGAUUUAAAUGAUAGUCAAGGCAGUGGCAUGAUACCUUCCAGAACACGAACAAGAGGACAAAGCAUCAAAAAUCUAAAGUCCAGAUCAAAACUUGAGGAGAAGUCCUCAGACAUUGCAACACCUGAAGUACUAGAGCUUUCUGCUAUAAAGAGAAGCACCAGGAAAACAAAAGAAAAAUCUGAGAUAUCUGAAAGUGCCUUUGCUGAAAUUGAAGCAGCCUCUCAGAACAUAUCCCAGGAUUCUGUCACUCCUAGAAGACGAAGGAAAAAAAAUGUUAAUCUGGAUACAUUAAAAAUUGCUAUUGAACAGGAAUUACAAGAUUCUACAACUUCACAGAGAGAGUUGAGGAUGAAAUCGUCUCAACUUUCUGAAUCAUCAAAUGAAGAAACUCCCCAUAGUAAAGAUGUUAAGCUUCUUUCUGCUACAAGAAGAACUUUGAGAAGAACAAAAAAAUCUGUAGAGGAGCCAGAGAGUAGUGAAUUAUUAAAUGACCAGAACAUUAAAUUAGCAGCCAGUCCUGGCAGAAGUAGAAGGAAAUUAAGAAGCACUAACAUGGAACUCUCUGAAAAUGUUGGUCCUAAUCAAGAUAGUGCAUCCAGUGAAGAGAAGCACCCUAUCCAACAGAGUGGGAGACGCAGAAGGAGAAUGAAUAACACCUCUGUAUCUAGAGAACAUUCUCAACAUGAUUUAUCUGAACUGACUUCUGAAACAGAGUUUAAGACACCGGCUACACCUAGGAAACGUGGCAGACCAAGAAGAGUAAAUCCAUCAGAAGAUCAAGAAAUUCAAGAAGUUAGUACUGAGAAGAAACAGACUCCUCCUACCCUGAGAAGAUCUACAAGAAUCACUCCAGGUAAAACUGGCAAUAAUCUUGGAAACCUAACCUCAGAAAACAACCGUUUAUUACCAGAUGGAGGACUGACUACAACAUUGAGUUCUAAGAGGAAGUUGACAAAAGUGACUGAAAAUCAAAGGAGAAAAAAUAAACUUCCUUCCGUAUCAGAAGGAAGCACAGAUGAAGAAAUAACCCUCAAGGACUCCAGAAGCAAAGAAGUACUGCAUGCUGAUAAUGGUUUGACCAAUUCUUCUCGUAAUACAAGGACUAGAUCCAGCAAGACUAUAAUUUUCCCUAACUUUUCUGACCCCCAAACUGACUCUUUUUUAUUUUCUUCACCUGUUUCAAAAGUUACAAGGAAGACAAGAGCUCAAAAAAUAGAAACCACUGUACAGUUGAAGGGCCUAGUUUCAGAUUUGUCCUCUCAAUUUGUCUUCUCACCCCCUACUUUGAGGACCACACGAAAACAGGCAUCUGAACUUUCACAGAUUGUAAAAGAACUGGAAUUGCCAGUUGAAAAUGACCCAAAAUCAGUAGAAACUUCGGAAAAGCAAAAAGCAAAACGAAUCAGGACAACAAAAACAAAAGCAAGCAAAACCACAGAAAAAGAAGGUUCUUGGUCACCUCCCCCUGUGGAAAUCAAGCUGAUUUCUCCCUUGGCAACCCCAGUUGAUGCACCCAAGAGCAAACCAAGAAGGACUACAGAAACAACAGAAAAAACUCUUGGAAGAAGCAAAAGGAAACUGUCUUCCUUUCCAAAGCAAGUUUUACGCAGGAAGAUGCUAUAAUUUUUUUUUCAAGUUUUUAAUGUACACCCCACCCCAGUUUGUAAAGUCAUCAGAAUUGUGUGGAUUAUUAAAAAUCAUCUAAUUUGGAAAAGAAUAAUUUAUAUAAAUUAUUGUAAAUUUUCAUAAAUAAAUGGUCUUCAAUAAGUAAAGUAACUCCAUAUGGAGUGUGAUUCCUUCAGUCACAUACAGUUUUUUCUAUUUUAUAUUAAGACUUCAUACAUUUAUAUAAUAUGUAAAUACAGCUUAUUAUUGGAAUGUUAAAUAAACUGUAUACUUAACAAUA